AUGGAUGUCCAGGGUAAUCAAUUAGUAACAGGCUCUGCUGAUCACGGCCUUAGGGUUUACAAUAUUUAAUCAGGGAAAUAAAUGAGGUAACUAUAUGCAAAGUAAUAUGGUCAUUCAGAGUGGGUGACUACGUGUGCUUUUCUCAGAGAUGGACGUGUGCUAAGUGGAGGAAUGGAUAAACUUUUAUGUCUUUGGGACGCAAGAGCAGUGAGAUGUCAAAAUUUGACAGGACAUAAUGGCUCAAUCUCUAAAGUCAAAGUAGAUUAAUUCAACGUUGCAGUGACUGCAGCUUAUGACUCUUCUCUUCUAGUCUGGAAUUUAGACACCCUUGAGUGCCUAUAAGGUUUAUUCAAUGGACAUAAAGACUCAGUGAUGGAAUUUGAGUGGUAAAAUUCUCUUGUAGUAUCUGGAGGAAGAGAUGGUUCUAUGGCCUUGUGGGAUAUUAACACUGGAUAAGUAAUCCAUCAACUCUAGGCACAUAAUGGACCUGUUUCUAAGAUUCAUCUAUACAGUGAUGGAGUCAAUAAAAAUCUUAUUAUUUCAGCAGGAUUGAAGGAUGGAAUUCUGAAUAUCUUAGAUAUGAGAUCUCACUAGCCUGUAAAGAAAGAAAGAGUGCAUCAAGGAGCAAUUAACAUGCUUGAGACCAGUCUCAGUAGUUUUAUUAUAACUGGAUCAGCUGAUAAGACUGUAAAAAAAUUUGAUAUCAUUGGAGGAUUCAAACCACUUGCAGUGAUGAAUACGACUGAUGCAGUAUUCUGUGGUAAAAUUAUUGAAAAUAUUGCCAUCACUGGCUGCGGGGAUGGUAAUAUACUGGCAUUCGAUUUGGAUUAGAACAAAUGCUUAUAUGGAUAUGGAGCAGACCCAAUCGGGGCAGUACAUUGCAUGGCAUUUACAGAGGAUAGAAAGUCUCUUAUCACUGGAGGUGAUAGUGGAGGUAAUUGA